UAUCUAUCCUGAAUCAACACAACUCUUCACUCUGUCUCUUGAAAGUGUGUAUGUAAUUUGUUAAUGUUUCACAGCUAAACCCAUCAAUGGAGCUUCCAUUAACAACCAUCAAACAAAAGUUAUCCUUUUUAUCUUCCUCACCUUCUUCUUUCACCCCUAUCCAUCUUCCCAACACCUUCCAUCCCAACUGUUUCCCUUUAAAAAUACUUAAAAUUUGUGGCAGAUACCGAAUUAAAGCUAAAGAUAGAACCUUUUCUACUUCCCCAAUACAAAAGACUGAUAUGGGUUUAUGCCAAGAUUCUGAGAUUUUGGAAGUUUUUGGCAUCGGAAGUCGAAAAGAUGCUGUUCUUGAUUUCUGCUUGCCUUCUCCUUCCCUUUCCUCACGCUUAAGAUUUUGGAAUAUUAUUGUGGAUGAAACUUCGAAGGUACAAUUACAGCAACGGUUACUUGGGGAUGAUCUUACCAGAACAAUUAUGGAAGAUCCGGAGGCCAUGGAAUCAUGUUCAAAAGCGGUUAUACUUGUUUGUCGCUGGGGCAUCUUAUGGAUCAGAUCUUACCACAGUGCAUGAUAUAUUUGAAGCAAUAAAGCUGGCAAAUGGUUUUGUGGUGAUGAUUAUUCUGAAGCCUUUUAGAUUUGAAGGACAGAGGCGCCAAAACGAGGUGAAGGACUUGCUCAACAAACUCAAGGGGCUAACGGAUUUCUGUAUCAUGGUUGAUGCUGAUGCACUUCUGGAAAAAGACCUUGUAACUUUAGACGAGGCAUUGCAAAUUGCAAAUAAUGCUGUUUUGAUGGCAUUAAAUGCAGUCUCAAUUUUGACUUCUGAGCACAACAAGAGAUUUCUAGAUAUUCCACAUGAGAGUAUGAAAGAACUUGCAGUCACUGACCUCAAAAAAAUUUUAGGAAGCUUUAAGGAUGCGAAAAUUGGAUAUGGGGUUGGUCGUGACGUUGAAACUUCGGUUGCUAAAGCCAUAUAUGAUUGCCCUUUUCUUGGCUCAGGUGUAAAGGACUUGAGUGGGAUUGUUGUAUUCAUUCUUGCGAGUCCAACAGCUCUUGACAGAAGUGAUUUGGGUGGCAUUUUGCUUAAUUUUCGUCAAGUUGCAAAAUGGCAGGGGGAUGUUAUAAUUUCAGUAGUUCAUGAAUCGGAUGUGACUCCUGGAUCAAUUGCAACAACCAUAUUUACGAUUGGCUGUACAAGGCCCGAGUCUUCUAAACAGGAUGGCAUAUUUUCUAGACUGGUCCAGCGUUUUCCUUUCAUUUUCAACAUAUUGAGCCCACGUUCCCAGCUGGAUACAUUUAAAGAAAACAGAUUGGAUAGUACAUUUUCUUCUCAAGGCAUGAAGUCAGAAAGUUUUGAAAACCCAGAUGGAAUUUCUACAAAUGGUCUUGCUGAAGGUUUUCAUAAUUGGUCUUCAGAACUUCAGUCAAUACUGAGAAAUGCUACCUAUGAAAAAACUCCAUCGAGUGUUGAUGAUGUUGCUGAACAAAUUAAUGCUGAGUUUCCUCAAGCCACCUUGUAUAACGAAUCAACUGGAGGAUCACCAACUCUUCAAAGGGAGCUUUUGAUUAAUAGAAGGCCAGGGAAUCUUAUCUCUGAGGAGACGGCCAAUGAUAUAAAUGAUAGUCUCUUGGUUGACCUCAAGACCUAUAAACUUCCAGUUGGUGUGAAGCCAUCAGGAGAUCUUAAAGAUGGUCCCAAUGGCUCACGGAUCAUGCACUCUUUAGAAGGAAAUGGUGAACUCAAAUCGAAGAAAGAGACUCAAUUUUCUGUAAACAUUUCAUUUGAUAAAUCAACUGAUGCUAGCUCGCAAGCACCAACGGGUUUUAACAGCAACGCUUCUUCUCACCAAAAUGGAGUGUAUCCUGAUGUUUCUAAUAAAAGUGGAAGACUUUCUGCCCGAGCAGCAUCUAUGCUGGAAUCUGAACGUGAGUCACAGAAAAAAUGGAGUCCUGUAGUUGAGAUAAACUAUCGUGGAGGGUUAUAUGUGGGGCGGUGCCAGGGGGGUCUUCCUGAGGGGAAGGGUCGUUUGUCACUGGGUGAUGGAAGCUUUUAUGAUGGGUUGUGGCGCAAUGGUAAGAGAUCGGGAUUGGGUACAUUCUGCUUCAGCAAUGGCGAUGUCUUCCGUGGGUCAUGGCGGGAUGAUGUGAUGCAUGGGAAGGGAUGGUUUUAUUUUCACACGGGAGAUAGGUGGUUUGUGAAUUUCUGGAAGGGAAAGGCAAAUGGAGAAGGGCGUUUCUACUCAACAACUGGUGAGAUAUUUUUUGGCCAUUUUAAAAAUGGAUGGCGAGAUGGACAUUUUUUGUGUAUUGAUGUCAGUGGAUUAAGGUGUGUUGAGAUUUGGGAUGAAGGGGUCCUAGUAAGCCGUAAGCAGAUGGAGUCUGAUGAUGGUGCCGGAUAAACCUUCCUUUCAUGUGGUUCAUUAUUUUCAUUGUAGAGAUGUGCACAUUCAGAAGAUUACUGACUUCGUCUUGAACGUAUAUAUGUAUGUAUCAAGUAUGAGCAUCAGUCACUUAAAAAUUUCUCCCGAAACUGUAUCUUUAGUGCAGGGUAGUUUUGUAAAAGUUCAUAAUAGAGAUGGUACUGAAAUUUGUCCCUUUCGAAAAUAUUGUUCAAAAGACGCAUUUGGUAUUCAAAGGGGUGUACGGCACUAUAUAACCAA